AUGCGUACAGAGCAAGGUUUCAAGGAGGGAAAGAGAACGGGUCAAAUUAGGCGAAGAAAAGAUGGCGGAGUCUUCGCCACGGGACCCGGAAGCACUUACCCUCUACUUCCUCCUCCUGUUUGGCUUCUGUCUCACCUAGAGCCGUCCGGUCGCAGACUUGUCUCCGAGACGCUUCCUGUCCGAAUCAGCAUGAUUCUUCAGAGACUCUUCAGGUUCUCCUCUGUCAUUCAGUCAGCAGUCUCGGUCCAUUUGCGGAGGAACAUUGGUGUUACAGCAGUGGCGUUUAAGGAACUUGAUCCUAUACAGAAACUCUUUGUGGACAAGAUAAGAGAAUACAAAUCUAAGCGACAGACAGCUGGAGGACCUGUUGAUACUGGUCCAGAGUAUCAGCAAGAUCUGGAGAGGGAGCUUUUUAAGCUCAAGCAAAUGUUUGGUAAAGGAGACAUGAAUACCUUCCCCACCUUCACAUUUGAAGAUCCCAAAUUUGAAGUCUUUGAUAAACCCCCGGCCUGAAGAAAUAAAGUAAAAUUAAUCUGGUAAUUUGUCAUGGGUUAGUUAUACAGCUAGUUAGAAGUUUCAGAAUAAACAUACAAUUCAUAACUGUCAAAUGUCCUUUUAAUUCUGAGUCCAAAUAAAUUGUUUGGUGAUGUUGA